UGCGCAGGCGAGGGCUCGGAACUGGGCCUGCCGGUGACAGCAAUACAGAGCUCGACUCCGCGCCGGGCUCGGCGCGCAGGCGCGAGCUGCCCUCCUCUCUCGGAGUCGGCUUGGGAAGUGCGCACGCGCGAGAGUUUCUGGCAGAAAGCAGGCGAGCGGCGGCCAGCGCGGAGCCUUGUGGGAGGGCUUGAGGAAGUAAAAUGGCGGACCUGGCGAACGAAGAAAAACCUGCCAUUGCUCCGCCCGUCUUUGUGUUUCAGAAGGAUAAAGGACAAAAGUCCUCUGCAGAGCAAAAAGACUUGUCGGAUUCGGGAGUGGAGCCUCAGGGGGAGGCUGAGGCUCCCCACCAUGGCCCAGGUCACCCUGAGUCAACUGGUGAGCAUGCUCUAGAGUCUCCUGCCCCCGCUAGCGCUUCAGCCAGCGCUCCUGAAGCCCAGCUUCCUCCUUUUCCACGAGAACUGGCAGGGUUACAGGCACCAAACCAUAGGCGCAAGAAGAAGCCGUGUUCGGCCAAGAGGUCAGCUGGAGGCUCCAGCCCUGAAGGUGGUGAAGAUUCUGACAGAGAAGAUGGAAAUUACUGCCCUCCUGUCAAGCGAGAAAGGACGUCCUCUUUAACCCAAUUCCCACCUUCACAGUCAGUAUCAAAAAACAAUGUUUUUAUGCCAUCAACCUUCUGCGAGCCAUCUGCAGGCAAUUCUGACUCAGAACCAGAGGAAAAGAGCAGUGGGUUCCGGUUGAAGCCACCAACACUGAUCCAUGGCCAGGCACCCAGUGCAGGUCUGCCAAGCCAGAAGCCCAAGGAGCAGCAGCGGAGCGUGCUUCGCCCGGCAGUGUUACAAGCCCCACAGCCAAAGGCACUCUCACAGGCCGUUCCAAGCAGCGGCACCAAUGGGCUCAGCAUCCCAGCAGACUGCACAGGAACAGCGACAUCGACAUCAACGUCGCCUGACAACCCCACACAGAGAAGUCCACCUGAUGAGGCGCCAGCACCUGAGGAGAAAGAGCCCCAGAAAAAUGAGUCUAGCAGUACUUCUGAGGAGGACAGCUGUGAGAAAAAAGAGCAAGUUGCACAGCAAGCGUUUGUAUUUGGGCAGAACUUGAGGGACAGAGUUAAGUUAAUAAAUGAAAACACUGAAGCAGCUGACAUGGAAAAUGCCGGACACCCCAGUUCAGAAACGCCAACCGCGACCAACUAUUUCCUUCAAUAUAUCAGCUCCAGUUUAGAGAACUCGACCAAUAGUGCCGAUGCCACCAGCAACAAAUUUGUAUUUGGCCAGAACAUGAGCGAGCGCGUAUUGAGCCCACCCAAAUUAAAUGAGGUCACUUCAGAUGCCAACAGGGAGAACUCAGCUGUCGAGUCUGGGUCCGAGUCUUCGUCCCAGGAGGCCACCCCUGAGAAAGAAUCCCUGGCCGAAUCGGCAGCCGCCUACACCAAGGCAACAGCGCGGAAGUGUUUGUUGGAAAAAGUGGAAGUUAUCACCGGGGAGGAGGCAGAGAGCAACGUGUUACAGAUCCAGUGUAAGCUGUUUGUCUUUGACAAGACCUCGCAGUCUUGGGUGGAGAGAGGCCGGGGACUGCUGAGACUCAACGACAUGGCAUCGGCUGAUGAUGGGACAUUACAGUCCCGACUAGUGAUGCGGACCCAGGGUAGCCUGCGGCUGAUCCUCAACACCAAGCUGUGGGCUCAGAUGCAGAUUGACAAGGCCAGUGAGAAGAGCAUUCGCAUCACAGCCAUGGAUACCGAGGACCAGGGCGUGAAGGUCUUCCUGAUCUCGGCCAGUUCCAAGGACACGGGCCAGCUAUAUGCCGCCCUGCACCACCGCAUCCUGGCCCUGCGCAGCCGCGUGGAGCAGGAACAGGAGACCAGAACACCUGCCCCCGAGCCUGGUGUGGCCCCAUCCAAUGAAGAUGACAGUGACGAUGACGACGUCCUAGCUCCGUCAGGGGCCACAGGAGGCGGCGCUGACAACGAAGGGGACGGGCAGACAGCUGGGAGCACAUAGCGCCGGGAGCUGGCCACCCAGGAGCCUGCUGCUUUGUCCGUCUGUCCACCCCCCCGCCCGCCCCUCUCCGGCUGCGUCGAGGUGCGGGCCCCGGGAACCACACUCCCCGCUGGGUUGGCCACAGUCCGGAUCCGCAAGGCCCGUUCAGAAGCAGACUUGGGAACUGCCUGAAUGUGGUUUGGGACACGAGACCUCAUCAUAUUGAUGAGCAAAACAAAAAGAACAUUUCUUCCCUCCCUCCUUUGAAUUGAAAUGGCACAUUAAGACUUGUCACGGCUUCUCACUGGGACUGGGAUGCCUGGUUUCUUCACCCCUCUCAUCCGCCGCCAUACCUGUGGGUUUCUGCCACCUGCCCAGGCUACCAGGUCUGCUCCCACAAGUGUAAACACUGGCCCUGCUGGAUAUUUUGCUAACUACUAUCUUUAUCUCCCCUUCCCACCUUCUGAUUUGGGGUAUAUGUUUUUAGGUUUCUUUUCCCCCAAGGCGCUUUUUUUUUUUUUUUUGGUUUCUUAGAUUAAGAUGCUCCUGCGUAUUGAGCAGGCAUAGCUCCAAUGUCCUCGUUCUCCCUAUGGUCACGGCUUGUGUGCUGGGGCCUUACUGGGGAGCUUGGGGUACUCUGAAGGCUCCCACUUGUUUCCCACCUGGGGCUCCUCCAAGCUAUGAAGGGGUGUUGAGGGGUAGGCCUCAUACCUAGAGAGAGCUUAUCUAGAAAAGGGUCACUGGAUCUAGGAGGGUAUGAGGAGGCUGGUUUCUUAGAUCCCCUCUCACCCAUUCCUGUUGCCCAGAGAGGGAUGUCUUGGUGUGGAGACCUGGCCCUAUUGGAUGGGGUGCCUUCCAGAGUGGGGACCUGACAGGCCACUGCUUCCCACAGGAGCUGACAAAGAAGGGGAUGUGCAUAGCGCCCCUCCCCUCUUGCUUGUCCCCGUCACGUGGGUCACCCACCAUCAGACACCCAGGCACACACCUGCUUUCUACUGUUGGCCAUUCCUUGCCCAGCCCUGGAUGUCACCAUCCCCAAGACCAUCCAGGGCCAGGGGCCUCCAUAACAGGCAGAUGGGGUCCCUAAGCAGGGCCUCUGAGGAGUGGCAGGGGACUGGUUCCAAACUACAGACUGCUGUCCCAACACUCGCAGCACACACGGGAGCGGGUGCUUGUGCCCACCCCAGGGAAGGCCAAGACCCCAGGUGGGCAUCGCCCCCCUUGCAAAGAAGGUCCCUGUUCACAGGGCCCCGGGGAAUUUUAGAAGAAAUCAUCCAGCCCACUCAUAGGGAGAAGGCCUGGUCUCCAUAGCUGUGCCACCCACACCUUGGGUUGACUGUUUGCAGCCUGAGCCAUGGGAAGACACCAAAGCCCUUCCCUCACCACCCCUCCUCCCACCCCCAGCAGAUCUGGCUACAUUUCUCUGCUUUAAGCCUUAGCCAACUAGUGACAAGUAAAACCAGAUAAUGCCCAUGUGUUUUGGAACAUUUAUGUAAGAUUGUCAUAUGAAAUGUAUUUGGGAACUACAUUAAAACUUUUAACUAAA